AAAAAAAAAGAAUCUAUUUUGUCUUUUUGUCUUUGACAGCAAAAACUAUUUAAUGUCCCUUAUACCCCUUUUUGCUUUGACUGCCAGGAAACUCAGGGACAAAGUCACAGUCUGCUAAAAUCUGUUUAGGCCUUUUGGCCUGCAUAUUUGCUUUGUCUUCUCUAUCCUUCCACCCCAUUUCGACUUUCUAACUUAAUGGUUUUUUAAACUAAUUUUUCCCCCUCGUCUCAUAUGAAAAUUUUCUUGUAUUUAGUGUUGCUAUUUAAGAUGCCUUAAACCUAUUGUGGGCUGGAAUUGUACAUAAAUAAAUAAAAUAGCUUCAGUGUUCCUUUCUUAAAUAUAGCUCAAUAAAUAUAUAAAUACACUUGUACACAAAUACAUAGUAACAGCGACUUACAGUGGGGUUCUGUUUCCAAUUAUUUUUUUUGCUAAGAUUAACUUUUAACCUUAAAUGUUCUCUAAUAGAAAUAGACAAGGUACUGUCUCAGAACACAAGAGUUUAUUUAACAUAAAAUACAGCCAUGAAAUUUUAUUUACUUAUUUAUUUGUUGCUAUGAAACUUUAGAAUAGAAUAGACAGCACCUGCCAUUUGCACCUUAAAUUUUGAACAAGAAUAGGUUGAGUUUCAAUGGAAGCAAUUAAGAAUACAUUUAUGGCAUUCCCUCCCAUUGCUCUCACCCCAGUCCAGCCCUGGGACCAAGAACUUUCCCUAGAUUUUCUGUCCUCCUUCCUUCCUUCCACCUCCUUCCUUCCUUCCACGGAUACCAUCAGGAACUCCUGUGAUGAUUGCUGACCUGAAGCAGUGUAUUGAGAGUAAGGGGCCCCUAGCACUUCCACGGGCUCAGGGUCUGAAGCCGUGAUCAAAACUUGACAAGGCAAGGGGGCAGGUCCAAUGAGCAUUCCUGAUGAAGUUGUGAAAAGGACCCGGGACUCUGGGAGGAUGGGUGCAGAGAUAUCUGCUUAUGAGGGGUUUUAGAAUAGGAGACAACUGGGAAAAAAGAGGUGGAGUAGUUCUGAUACCCUGCAGAAGGUCUCUUGUCAAGACCCGUAUUUGUUCAAACCUACCUGGUUGGUGUCACUUCAAGUGGGAGUUAACCCUGUGACACCAGUUUUUCUGGUCCAUUUAGCUGCUUAGCCAUUGGGCUUUUUCUUCUUCCUCCCACCAAGCUUAUAUGCCAUUUAUUUAUUAACUCUCUCCUUGUGAUUUUCUUCUUACCAUAUUUGACAGUCUCAUAAAUUCUGAUAAAGCCUGCGGGAUUUUUGGGAGAUGAUUUGUUUCUGGUUUCACUUCCUUUAAAAUGUAGGUUAUCUUCUUUGUCUGUCUUGGUUUUUCGAUCAGUUGCUUUGUCUACCUUCUAUAGACUUAACAGUGUAAAUUUAAUCUUCUAGGUUAGAGAGAGCAGCAAGCAAGGAAGAGCCUCUACCUUGAAUUUGAGACAUAAGUUACUUUGAUAAGAGGAUUUUAAAAAUUCCCUUUUAACCACAGAACUCCGUUGGAAAGAACUUUGAAAGAAAUGAAGAAAACCAUCACAAAUCAAGACAGCAGCCUCAUGGCCUUUUAUUGACUAGAGUGGAGUUUUAUUACUGCAGUGUUUUGGAAGGACACUGUGCAGGAUGUCUACUGAGGUCAUUCAUCAGGUUGAAGAGGCACUUGAUGAAGACGAGAAGAAAAUGCUUCUUUUUUUGUGCCGGGAUGUGGCUGCAGAUGUUGCUCCGCUUAAUGUCAGGGACCUUCUGGAUAUUUUAAGUGAAAGAGGAAUGCUGUCUGCCAUGGGCUUGGCCGAGCUGCUCUACAGAGUGAGGCGGUUUGACUUGCUCAAGCGGAUCUUCAAGAUGGACAGAAAGGCAGUGGAGGCCCACUUGCUCAGGCACCCUCGCCUUAUUUCGGACUAUAGGGUGCUGAUGACAGAGAUUGGUGGUAAUUUGGAAAAAUCUGAUCUGUCCUCAUUAUUUUUCCUCAUGAGGGAUUAUACUGGCCGAGAAAAGGGAGCCAAGGAUAAGGUGAGUUUUCUUUUUCUUGGUUCAUGUUCCCAAGAGCCUAUCAGAAGGUGGGGGGUGAUCUCUAGGGUGUGAAGAGAGGGAUGUGGGUCCUUGAAGAGGGAGGCCCAAGCUGGGGGUGAAGGUAGGAAGCGAGAAGAGAAAGGUCUGUUUCUUAAUAACAUUAAUAAGAAGAGAAUUGGUUUCUCAAUUGACAGGAAAUAGGGUGGCCUUGGGUGUUUCUCUCAUCCUUGUAUUUUAUUCUUAUUUCUGUAAAAGUCAGAGGCCUGAUUUAGGUAUCAGUUUCUCUCCCCCGUUUGACAGACCAUCUGGGAGGGUUUGGAAGUCCCAUCUGCUCACACUGAGGGCAAACAGGUGGGAAGUACGGGUCCACUCCCGACGGCAUCUAUUUUCCCCCAGCUAGCUCAAGGCCAGUGUGAAGUCAUUAGGCUCCGUGUGGAGAUGAGGUGGGGGAAGGUACUUGUGACUCAUGUAUCCAGGGAAUGGCAAAAACAGAGAUUCAGGGUUGGAAGCUAGGUAGCAGUCAAGAUCUCAGGGAUGUUGUAAUUGCUGGCAAAGUAUUUAAAUUCCUCCUGGCCCCAUGUGAUACUCCUGGCCUAAGGACAGGCCAAGAAAGUCUCAGGUCUCUAGAUUAUGAAAAUAUGUUCUUAAAGGACCUGCCUUUGAGGACUCUGGUAAGGUGUGGCUUGAGAAUUUCCUCUUGUUCUUUAAUCAUUGGAGUUUGGUUCCUGAAAUCUAGGCAGAUAGGGUGACUGGAUGCACCCCCAACCAUCAAAUGCAUCAAAUGGGAAGGAAAAUGAAAAAAUAGAACUUCUAUUUGGUGUCCCCAAAUCAACUUAUCUGCCAGUCGUUUAUAUCAAUUUCUUGAUGAUGAUUAUUAAAAAAAAAAAAUCAAAAAUAGAGCCUCAGUAAUCAAAUGUUAAACUGAAGGGAAGUAAAACCCAAAGCAAAGCCUAUUUCUGAAAUGUAGUUCUUUCCUAAUCUCUUUGGUCUAGGGCAAGUGAGUAGCAAUAUACCCUAACUUUUAAAUUUUGCCCCCUCAGACCUCCUGAGUCAGAAUGAGUUGGAAUGUCCCGCGUUGACUAAAAUAUUUUAGGAACUUCAGAAUUACAUCAUUGGGAUUUUUCUAAUAGAAACUUGCCCCCAGCUAUCUUCUCUCUUCCUUUUUUAGGAAAGCCUUUAGACCUUUUCAGUAUAAUUUCAGCCGGGCCUUUUGGAAGAAUGGUACUUUUUUUUUUUUUUAUGUUAUGUUAGUCAUCAUACAUUA